UCUUAUUUCCGUUACUUUUCCUCUAUCCACUCCUGAAUCAACCCAACAUUAGACACUCUCCACUCUCCUCGAUCUUCAACUUCGCUCUCCGAUAAAAACUCCGUCCAACGCAAGCACUUCCAAAACGAUGUCGUCAUAUGUGCCCCCGCACCUGAGGAACUCAGACUCAACCACCACCACCACAACCGCCAACACCACCACCGCCGCCUCCAGAGUCUCCGCCACUGACUUUACCAAGCUUUCCUACACAUCCAAUGGCUUUCGCCGGACCUCCGCCACCGUUCCGCCGCUCUCCAAGGGCCUCGCCGUCGCCGACCCCGUUUUCCCUCUCUGGAAGCCUUCCGAGCGCGUUCUCGCUAUGAAUCCCGAACAGAUAGAAGAGGUACGCUUGCGGCUCAAUGUUGAUGUUACUUCCCCUCCAGAUUCCGAGCCUGCUUCUGCACCGAUCGAGUCGUUCACAGAUAUGUGUUUGCACCCAAACAUCAUGAAGGAUAUAGCGCUUCAUGAAUAUACUAGGCCAACAUCUAUUCAGGCUCAAGCUAUGCCCGCUGCCCUCAGUGGUCGGGAUUUAUUGGGUUGUGCUGAAACCGGUAGUGGUAAAACUGCAGCAUUCGCCAUUCCAAUGAUACAGCAUUGCUUGGCUCAAUCUCCUAUUCACCGUGGUGAUGGGCCCCUGGCAUUGGUAUUAGCUCCAACUAGAGAGCUGGCUCAACAAAUAGAGAAAGAGGUUAAGGCUUUUAGCAAAUCUCUUGAGUCAUUUAAAACUGCAAUUGUUGUCGGUGGAACGAACAUAGCUGAGCAGAGGUCUGAGCUACGAGCAGGAGUUGAUAUAGUUGUUGCUACUCCAGGAAGAUUUAUUGAUCAUUUGCAGCAAGGGAAUACUUCACUGUCGAGAGUUUCCUUCGUUGUUCUGGAUGAAGCUGACAGAAUGCUUGACAUGGGAUUUGAACCCCAGAUAAGAGAGGUGAUGCAGAACCUUCCCGAAAAACAUCAAACUUUGCUCUUCAGUGCAACGAUGCCUGUGGAGAUUGAAGCAUUGGCACAGGAGUACUUAUCUAAACCUGUGCAAGUGAAGGUAGGAAAAGUUAGCAGCCCAACGGCAAAUGUGUGUCAGAGUCUGGAGAAGGUUUGUGAGAGUGAGAAGAUUGAUCGCCUUCUAGCUCUUCUUGUGGAGGAAGCAUCACGGGCUGAAAGAACUGGUCAUCCUUUUCCCUUAACUAUUGUCUUUGUGGAGAGGAAGACAAGAUGUGAUGAAGUGGCUGAAGCUUUGGUAGCAGAAGGCUUACAUGCAGUCGCUCUUCAUGGAGGACGUACACAGAGUGAAAGAGAGGCUGCUCUUCGUGAUUUUAGAAGUGGCUCCACUAAUAUUUUGGUUGCAACUGAUGUCGCAUCUCGUGGUUUGGAUGUCACAGGAGUUGCUCAUGUUAUCAAUCUAGAUCUUCCAAAGACCAUGGAAGAUUAUGUACACCGGAUUGGAAGGACAGGUAGAGCUGGAUCAAUGGGACAAGCUACUUCCUUUUACACUGACCGCGAUAUGUUUCUUGUUGCGCAUAUAAAGAAAGCAAUAGCGGAUGUUGAGUCUGGCAAUACUGUGGAAUUUGCAAUGGGGAAGAUUGCAAGAAGGAAAGAGAGAGAAGCUGCAGCUACUCAGAGAGAUGCUCGGAUUGCUGUGUCCAAGCUCUCAAUGAACGGAACCAAUUCGCUAAACAUCGAGGACAAGUACAGGUUCAUGAUUGCCUCAUUAAGCAUUAAAAGAGAGGGCGCAGCAGACAGUGCUUGGGAUGAUUGAUGAAGCCCACACAUAGAGCGCUUAAAAUUUCGAAGGUUGGAAGUGGUUUGCGCAUCUGUUUGGGUAAAUGUCAGGUUUAUGCAACUCUUGAAGUCCUCUGAUCUAUCCGAAAAGUUGGUCAUAAACAUUUCGUCCCUCUCCCUCUCUCUCUCUCUCUCUCCUCCCAUCCAGUAAACACCUGUGGUGUUUGUGCAAUUCCUACUUUUCAUCAUCUGUAAAUUGUGUCGAUGGAAAGAACGCAUGUCUAGGCAUGUUCUACUUGUUGGGGCUUGAAGUGUGAGCUAUGCUGGAGAUGAUUGGUUCCUGUAGUUGUCUUCUCAGUUCUCUUUCACAUCAUUGAUGUAACUAGGUAACUGUAACCGAACAGGAACUAAGAAGUUCGUAGGUUAUGCAUUCUGUACAUCUUAAAAUGAAGUUUAGUGUCCAAAUGAAAUUUUAUAGUACUAGUUUUAAUGAAAGCCCAUUUGGGGUAAUCGCGUUCA